AUGGCGCCUCCACACUCGUUUCUUUACUUUUUGUCGCUCGUUUUGACUUAUCUAACUCCAUUCGUUCUCGGCGCGCCUUGGAUCGUGACCGACUAUUUCCAGGUGGUUCCAGAGGAGGUAUACGGUGAUUACGAUACCUCUAAGCAUGAAUGGUCGAUUAUUACCACUACGACCUAUGAGGAGAUCAUCCCGACCGCUACUUCGUUGCCGGAGGCUAUUCAAACCAACGUCGUUGUCGAGACAGAUUACUAUGCCGGUGCCGCAACCCUCGUCGAGAAGCUGUACCCGUCUGGUGCGGUGGGUACCCCCGUGCCUUACAGCGCAAAGUACGGUUAUCAAGACAAUGGCUGGACAUCCACCAUUUGGGUCGUGAAUUUGACUUACUCUGCACCAACUGCAUGCUCGACCCAAUGGACGACCACCACCGCUGUCUCGGUCACGCCUCCCCAGGACCGCACUUUUGACCGUCUCUUGCCCACAACCGCUGCCUAUACCUCGUAUAGCGUGUAUAACGCAGAGGGCUUCCAGUCAUCUACCUACAUGUACAAGUACAUCUGGGUUGCUCCCACCCAAGUGCCUUCUACAUCGAUGAAUCAGUUGAGCGACGAGUACUAUCCCGCAACGCUGUACAAUAACAACGACAAGAACUGCCGGUACGAGGGACACGGGUACGAUUACUCCAGCAACCCCUACGACUACUACGACGACUACAAUGAUGGACUCGCAAUCUCCCCGCUGGCCAUCCUACUCAUCUGCGUGAUUGGCUGGGUCGUCCUAUGGUUCCUACUCGGCAUCCUAGAAGCCUGGAUCCGAUUCCGCCGCCUGAUGACCGGCUGGCAGACACGCCGCGGAAUGCCAGUCUGCUGGGCCUUGACAAUCAUGCCACUCACACUAUUCUGUCUAUGCUGUUUCCGGAGGGGAUAUCGUGCACGCACGGCACAUGACUCGGCCGUGCUGCAGAGUCGCUGGAAGAAGAUGACUGCGUGGCGCAAGUUCGUGCUCUUCUGGAAAUGGGGUUUCAGAUACAAGUACCCGACUAUCCUGGGUCCUGCACCUGAGCGUGUCAUGCCCAGCAAGCGGCCUGGCAAGCAUCCCGGUUCGUCUAUGGGUCCGCCUCUGUUGUACUCGACCCCGCCACAGACUGCGGUGUAUCCGCCUGUGUCCCCGGUUGUCUCGUUGAAUCGGGAGGCUGUCCCUGGUGCCCCGGGGCCGCAGAUGAGUCAGGCAAUGCCGAUGCAUCAGCAUCCUCUAGCACCUGUACCGGUACCGCAGCCUGUCCCUGAGGCCUCGGGUGCGUUGCAGAGUGUCCCCGAGCAGGGGCAUGAGCCGCAACAACCUCAAACCGAGGGCCAGACACAGACCCAACCCGAGACUCAGCCUCAACGUCAAAAUCCCACCCAGGACGGCGACAUUGGACGGGCUCAUUGA